AUGGAAGUCGCCGGGUUGGCGCUGGCCAUCGGUGGCCUCGCUGGGCAGGCCGUGUCCGGACUCACCAUCCUCAAGGCCUUCUUCGCGGCGUAUAAAGUGGCCAGCACCAAGGUCAACACACUCAACUUCGAGCUCGAGUCCCUCGUGUCGACACUGCAGGAAGUUGAGCGCCUGCUGCGGCAAUCACGCCACAAUGCGCCCUUCCCGCCUCGGCUGCAGACUCCCGCAUCUCAGGGAAUGCUACCGCCCUCCUCUGCGAGCUGGUCAUCGCCCGGCGCAGGCGGUUCUUCAGGGACGUGCGAUAUGAGAGCAAGUAGCGGCGAUUUGUCUGGGACCACCGAGUCGUCGCUUCGGUGCUUGAGCGGCGCGUGA